UCCCGCUGAGCCUCUAGCGUGAUUUUCCACGGCCGAAAGCUGCUGGCGAGUUCAGCCAGUGUUUCCCUGCCUCUCCACUGAUUUCCUGCGGCUGCGCUGCGUUUCAGCCCGACUCGCAUAGGGAAGGCUCGGGGAGGGGAGACACUGGGAGCGCUUGGAAAAUUACAUUUAAGACGAAGAGGAAGGAGAUAGGAAGCAGCUUAUCUGGCUUUGUUCUAAUAGCUGUAAUCACCUGAAGCGCAGCCAUGAGCCUUGUUUCGCUGGGGGCUGUGCAGCCCUGCUGCGGCGGGAGCUGCUGGUGCUGGCUCUCCCCUCUGCACCGCGCUGGCUUUCAGUUCAUCUCGGAUGGCAGCUUGCACUUUGUUCCUGCUUGGAACAAGUGCCCUCGUUGGGCUUUAUUGUACAAAAGACGACAUUUACAUAAACAGGGGAAGGGUUGGUCACAAGGUGAAGAUGAGGCGUCUGGAGGGGAAGCCAGUGGCUUAAAUACCCAAACUCGCUGUCCUCAAACUCGCCGUGUCACCAGCUACCGAGCCUGAAAGGAAGAGAAAAGCAGAAGUGUGAUUUUAACCUUUUUUUUUUUCCUCUUCUGACAGUGUUUUCAGGCACUGCCGCUACCCCCAGUGCGCGGGACCUGUGCCGAGAGGAGGAGGGGAUCUCUGCAAAGCAGGUGAGGCCGGGAAGUAAAAAGCAGCAUGGACCUGGAUGUACUGAACAUGUUUGUCAUCGCCGGUGGCACCCUGGCCAUCCCCAUCCUGGCCUUUGUGGCCUCAUUCCUUCUCUGGCCCUCAGCGCUUAUCCGCAUCUACUACUGGUACUGGCGCCGAGCCCUGGGUAUGCAGGUUAGAUACACAACCUACGAUGACUAUCAGUUCUGUUAUUCCUAUAGAGGGAGACCUGGAUACCGACCAUCCAUCCUGAUGCUACAUGGGUUCUCAGCCCAUAAAGACAUGUGGCUGUCCAUAGUGAAGUUCCUGCCAAAGAACCUGCACUUGGUGUGUGUUGACAUGCCCGGGCAUGAGGGCACAACCCGCUCAGCCUCAGAUGACUACUCUAUUAGUGGACAAGCUAAGAGAAUACACCAGUUUGUGGAAUGCAUCAACCUGAACAAAAGGCCCUUUCAUCUGGUUGGCACGUCCAUGGGGGGAAAUGUUGCCGGUGUCUAUGCUGCUCAGUACCCAGAGGACAUUUGCAGCCUGACCCUCAUCUGUCCUGCAGGUCUGCCAAGUACCACCGACAGCAAGUUCAUUAAGCAGCUCCGGGAGCUGCAGGAGUCCGAACUCAUCGACAGGAUCCCUUUAAUUCCCUCGACACCCGAGGAGAUGGCGGACAUGCUGAAGCUUUGCUCCUAUGUGCGCUUCAAGGUGCCGCAGCAGAUUCUCCAGGGCCUCGUUGAUGUUCGCAUCCCACACAAUGAUUUCUACCGGAAAUUGUUUUUAGAAAUCGCAAAUGAGAAAUCCAGGCACUCUCUGCAUGAGAACAUGAGCAAGAUCAAAGCGCCAACGCAGGUCAUCUGGGGAAGGCAGGACCAGGUCCUGGAUGUUUCCGGUGCCAAUGUUUUAUCGAGCGCUAUCCCAGACUGCCAUGUAUACAUCCUGGAGAACUGCGGGCACUCGGUGGUGGUGGAGCGGCCCCGCAAGACAGCCAACCUCAUCCUGGAGUUCCUGGCACUGCUGCAGAGCACGGACAACAACAAGAAGCAGGCAUGAGCGCGGCGGAUAGCCAAGCACCCAUGCUGGGUCUUUUAAAUUGUAAAGUACUGCAGCUUUGAUAAGUUCUCAGGGAUCUUGUAUGAAUCGGGUUGAAUGUGCCAAAGUCCCUGAGGAAGGCAGAAUCAGAACCACUGAGACCUAAACCUAUAGCACCGCCAGCACAGCGACCUAGGGGUCAUUGAGCAUCCUCCAUAGAUACAGGAAUGGAAGCAGAAUCUCUCCCUUUUCUACUUAGAGAUAAAGUAGAAACGAGCUGAAAUCACCAAGCGCUAGCCAUGCCGUGUGCUGAAGCUCCUUACGCAGUGGCCCAUCUUACCCAAGUUACCAGCACGUAGUUGUUAAUGACUUUUACCUAAACUAUAUAAGUGUAGGAAGGUGGAAGAGUCCUGCACCGAGACUUAACAAUAUUUCUACUACUUAGAGUCCCGUCACGUUGCAUGCUGCUGUGCUGUAAGAGAACCCCAGUGCUCCAGGCGUCUGCUCGAGUGCUCUUUGUGUAGCUCCUUAACUCGUGAUUUAUGCAGAAAACAACAGAAAACUUCAUGCGUAGGAGUCCAAUGACUGUAUGUGCAAAAUGUUUACACUUUGAGUGGGUUUUCUAAAUCCCUGAACAGCUCCCGUGUAUAUGUAAUGCCUUAACAUUGCCCAGGGUACGGCGUCCACGCACAGCCUGCCUUGCCCAUGGGAUGGUUCCCCCUGAGGGUGAACAUAGAGAGUCAAAACUUGGGAUGCAGAUGGUGGCAUGUGAGCCAGAGGGAUGGAAACGACCCGGGACAAAUCGGCCCCCGAGCCUGAGUCAGCAAUAAGCCCGUGGGCAGGGUGCGAGUCAGUAAACUCCGGCAAACUCUUGUCUCAGCUCUUCCAUCACGUCGCGCUGCUGAACACGUUGAUGUAAAUAGCGACUUCCUUAAUGAAUUCCGUGAAUUCUGCGAACGGCAGCGUCGCUGAAACCAGGCGUGAGGGCUGGAGCAGGCUGUGUGUGUGCAUAGCGCAGGGGAUGCGGGCUCCUGGGCUUCCUGGGUGGGGAGGAGGGGGGCAGGUCUCCUGCGAGGCUCUGGGCGGUGGUGUGGGAAGGUUCGGUGUGCUUGUGCGUCCUCUGGAUGGGUGUAACUGCUGAGUGAUGAAUUGUAGGUGGAAAUGGGAGAUGCAGACAAGAUACACUUUGCAGCCUGCGAGGAGACAGGUCCUGCAUGUCCCUGGGUGAGACACUCACCACGGGGAAGGGGCUGGUCCUGUCUCUGGCAGGACUCAGGCUGUUGGAGGGCAUGGAGGUGCAUGGGUCUCUUGAAGGCGAAUCAGCAGAUGGCAUCACCCCCAGUGCUCCUCGGGGCUGACACCCCUAGACCAGAGCCCCUCCGACUGGGUGCGCAGGCUUGCGGUGCUGACAGCCAUCUUCGCGACGUCUCUCUGAGGUCCCCAGAUCUGUACAGGUAUCUGAAACUCCCUGUCAGCUUCUCUGCUCUUUUUGAGAGAAGAAGCAUUGUUCUUUUAGCAGAUCAGAGGUUUGCUGUUAUUGCUUGGUUAUUGUUUCUACUACAGGAGUUGAUCUAAAAAAAAACAAAAUAAAAAUUGCUGAUAGUUUUAUGUGGUUAAAGCCAGAAAAUGUUGUUUGGUAUCUCUAUGGUUUCUCAUAUGCCACAGAUUGCUGUAUGCAAAGGAUUUAUAUGGCUAUUAAAAUCUAGUGAUUGAAG